AUGGCUCGAUUGUCACUCAUGUUCGUGGGCGUAGCGGCCCUCUGUGUGGUCGGUGCCAGAGCCAACAGUGACAUCGACAGUUACAUCUACGGCAUGAGCUACUCCGCCGACCAGGUCCUCGCCUACAGGGGAGACAGCAAGACGAGUGUCCCGGUAGAGAGAGAAGGCAAGCUGAGUCCCGACAAGAGCUUCAUCGUCAUCACUAGAGAGAAGAAGACCGCUCAGAACGGCAAGGCCGACAUUGGAGUCGUCACUUCUAAUGAACACAGGAGCUACCCAGGAGCUUUGCUGUUGGCUAACCAGAAACUCAUCGACAACUCUCCCGACAUCCUAGCAGUGGACCGCGCUCCUCUCACCUACACCGUCAAUCUGCCUGGACUGACCUCCGAAGGAAGCUUCACCGUCCAGCCGUCAUUCGCUGAGUAUCAAUCCGCUAAGGAAAGGACUCUAAAAACCUUCUUCGAGAAGCACCCCAACCAAAACGUCGUAGCCAACUUCCAGAACGACUUCACCUUCGCAUACAGCCAGGAAUACCUGAGAGUCAAGUUCGGGUUGGAGUUCAAGAACACUCAGAUCGAGACCAGCAUCGAUUUCAGUGCUAUGCAGAACCAAGAAAAACUCAUCAUGAUCCACAAGUUCAAACAAGUAUUCUACACAGUCAGCGUUGAACCGACCAAGAAACCCUCCGACCUGUUCGCCUCAUCGGUGACCGCCGCGGAGCUUAUGCAGAAGACAAACGCCAACAACCCUCCAGUGAUGGUGGACAGCGUAUCCUACGGCAGAACCAUCUACGUCAAGAUAGAGACAUCCUCCACCGACAACGAGGCCAAGGCCACCCUGGCGACUAAAGUGACCAAUUUCGACAUCAAGGGUGAAGUCGAAACCGAAAUCAAGAAGAAGCUGAAGAACCUCAGCAUGACCGUUUUCGUGGUCGGAGGAAGCACCGAGCAAGUCCAACUGAUCCAAGCCCAGACCUUCAAGGAAGUCAACGACAUUCUGGUGAAAUACAGUAAGUUCUCCAAGGACAACUUGGGAUACCCCAUCUCGUACUCUGCCAACUUCAUCAAGGACAACUCCAGAGCAGUUGUGCAGAUGGCCACAGACUACAUCGAGACGACUAGGACCAUCCACACUAAGGGAAUAAUUAAGAUCGUCCACAAGGGAUGGUUCGUGAUGCAGUGGGCUGUCACGUGGAAGGAGAUCAACUACGACAAGAAUGGAGCUAAGAUUUCCAAGGAGGUCAGCUGGGAGAAGAACUGGCACGACUUGACUGCUCCCUUCGACCGGGAGAUCGAACUGCCCGGAAAUGCAGAGGACAUCCAUGUGAUUGCUAAGGUAGCCACAGGACUAGCUUGGGAGUGGUGGCGAACAGUCAUCGACAGAAGUGGAAUCCCACUGAUCGACAAGAGAACAUUCACUGUCUGGGGAACGACCCUCUUCUCCGAAAACUCCAUCUCUCCUCCCGUCUAA